AUGAAUUUCCCAUUAACCAUUUACCUGGCAGUUGCUGUCGGGCUUUGUUACAUCAUCAUCUACUUGAUUUGGGUGUGUGUCGCCUCCCCCGGACGAGCAAUUCCAGGCCCAUGGGCUAGUCGUUUCACUCGAUUGUGGUACUACAGAGGUAUCCGUGCAGGUUCAUUCCACCAUGAGAACAUCGCACUGCACGAGAAAUAUGGACCGAUCGUCCGAGUGGCACCCGGAUUCUACUCCAUCACUACGCCAGACAAAUCUGUUUACGGCAUAGGAUCAAAGUUUCCCAAAGGGGAGUGGUAUAAAGGUUGGCAACAUCCAACUUCAACUAGAUGGACUCUUUUCCCAGACCAGAAUAUCAGAAGGCAUGCGGAAACUAGGAAGCGGUUCCAAGGCCUUUAUAGCAUGAGCUCGUUGCUCUCUUACGAGAUCUACGUGGACGAAUGUAUCGACGUAUUCCUCGACAAGCUUGGCAACUUUGCCCGAUCAGGAACAACAGUCGAUCUUGUUCAUUGGUUUCAAUGCUACGCAUUUGAUGUUAUUGGAGAGAUUACAUACUCGGAGCGCUUUGGAUUUCUCGAUAAUGGCGACGACAUUGCAGGCACGAUGGCUGCGCUCGACAAAUCAAUGGUCUACUCUACUUUGGUUGGCGUCUUUCCGGAAUGGCAUCCAACUAUAUAUGCAAUCAUGGAAAAGAUUCCAGGAUCUGGAGCGGCCGGCCGGACGUACCUAAUGAAUUUCGUCCAAAAAAAGGUCGACGAGCGAGAGCGGGCGGAGAAGAAAGCCGCCCAGAAAACCACGGCUCAUAUUUCAGAGGAUAGCGUAGCUCCACAGGACUUCUUAGACAAGCUGAUGGACGCGCAAAAGCAGAACCCGGAAAAGGUUACCUCGGAUCACGUCUACAUGAUGGGACUGAGCAACAUCAUCGCUGGGUCCGACACAACAGCUGUUUCGCUCUCGAGCAUCACUUACUAUCUGAUAACUUCACCACGGAUAUUAUCAAAAUUAAGACAAGAGAUUAAAGAACACGGUCUCUGGCACAAGAGAAUAACUUUCAAGGACUCACAAGAGAUGCCUUACCUGCAGGCUGUUCUCAAAGAAGGACUAAGGAUGCAUCCAGCUACUGGAUUACCUCUAUGGCGAGUUGUUCCAGAGGGCGGGUGGCAAGUCGGGGAACACUGGCUUCCACCCGGCACCAACGUUGGCUUGAACAGCUGGGUCGCUCACUACGACAAGAGUGUUUUCGGUGACGACGCUCAUACAUUCCGCCCAGAGCGAUGGGAAGAAGCCAAGCAAGAGGGCGGAGAACGGUAUCGAAAGAUGGAAGCGAACUAUAUGCCGUUUGGCUUGGGUUCAAGAACUUGCCUGGGACGCCACAUCUCAACAUUGGAAAUGUCCAAGCUUAUCCCUGAAAUCGUGAAGAACUUUGACUUGACGCUGGGGAUGCAGAAGGAACAGUGGAAGACGAUCAACUAUUGGUUUGUGAAACCAGAGAAGUUGCCGGUCGCAGUGAACCGUCAUAUCAAUGCGGGGAACGGCAACAUGGAGCACUAG